CAUGCGCAAGCCGUUGGGACGACGGCAAGGGAGAUAGGACCGGCCGGACUGUAUCGCAUGUUUUCUUUUCUUGUUGGGUCGGUUGGACAAAAAAAAAAGUGCCGAGAAAACCUGGGAGCGGAGCCAAAUCUUCCCAGAUGUAACUGAAGACAGGCGUAUUUUGGGAGCGUUCUUUACCGGAGACUUGAGCCAGUAGAAAGACACUUUUAUCUCCAAGGUGCACGUCAGACACAAUUUUACUUGUGUUUACUUGAGAAAAAGACGAGUUAAACACACUCUGUGACUGCUGUCCACAGCCUUUAUAGGAAUCAAGAGAGAGUGAAGAUAGAAAGAUACUGUACAAAGGGAGAAGCAGCUUGGAAUUACAAGAAGAGACACCCUCAGCUCUUUGUGUAUGUGUUGGUGUCUUUUAUAAAUCUAUUAUAUUUUCAAACAGAAUCAGAGAAACAGCAGAAAAAGUGUGUUUUUCUUUCACAUGCCUGGUGGAAGACGACUAGUUUGCUUCAAUGGAGAAUUGCAGCUGCAGAAGGACAAAUUGUAGAGGCCGCCCUUACCUCAGCAUCACCUGGGAGAUAGCCUAGCCUAGCCCACCUUAGCUAAGGUCAGCACAGCCCCGCUAAGCUAGUCCGAGACCCCCUCCCCAGCCGCCCGUCUUCUCCUACAUCCCACUCAGCACCCCCUCCCCUCCCUGUCUGACUUCUCCAAGCGAGCUGCCAUGGCAUCAGUGCGCUUCACGGUGACGCCCACCAAGGCGGAGGACCUCCCGGGGCUGUCCGACACGUCGCCUGACCUGAGCUCCCGCUCAGGAGCCCGUGUGCGCUUCGGCUCCAGGGAGAGCGUCAAUCGCAGCGACCCGCUCAGCGAGGCGUCGGGAGGCCUGACGACCAGUGCCACAGCGGGCGGAGGAGGCACGGACACACCGGACCACAGCAACGCAGAGCAAGGUGAUGGAAACUCUAAAAUCUCCAGUGUGUAUAUCAACAACAGUCAUGGGGUGGAUGACGACGACUUCUACGACAGAAACUUGGCCUUAUUUGAGGAGGAGAUGGACACUCGGCCAAAGGUGUCAUCUCUGCUCAAUCGCCUGGCCAACUACACCAACCUGACGCAGGGGGCCAAGGAGCACGAGGAGGCCGAGAGCAUCGGUGAGAAGAAGAAAACCAGCAAGUCACCACAGAUGGGGACGUUCAUGGGCGUUUACCUGCCUUGCCUCCAGAACAUCUUCGGCGUCAUCUUGUUCCUGCGGUUGACCUGGGUGGUGGGGAACGCCGGGGUGCUGCAGGCCCUCUGUAUCGUCUUCAUAUGCUGCUGCUGUACGAUGCUGACUGCGAUAUCGAUGAGUGCAAUCGCCACUAAUGGAGUUGUACCAGCGGGAGGCUCCUACUUCAUGAUCAGUCGCUCUCUGGGUCCAGAGUUUGGGGGGGCGGUGGGCCUGUGUUUCUACCUGGGCACCACCUUCGCUGGAGCCAUGUACAUCCUGGGAGCCAUCGAGAUCCUGCUGAUGUACAUAGCACCUAAGGCAGCCAUUUUUGAGUCAAAGAACCCAGAUGGCGAAGGGGCGGCCAUGUUGAACAACAUGCGGGUCUACGGCUCCAUCUGUCUCCUCCUGAUGUCCUUGCUGGUCUUUGUGGGCGUGAAGUACGUCAACAAACUGGCCUCCAUUUUCCUGGCCUGCGUCAUCGUCUCCAUCGUUUCCAUCUACAUCGGAGCGCUGGUCUCCGCCUUCAAACCGCCAAAUUUUCCCGUGUGCAUGCUGGGAAACAGAACUAUCAACGGUCAUGAAAUUUACGACAGCCAGUGUGGGAAAACCUUCCUGCUGCAGAUCCAAGAGCCGGUGGAGAGGGAUGACGCCAACGUCACAGUCUUUUAUGUAGAAAACAGCACAGUAGGCCCGACCUUUGAACCCACCCGCGCUCCUGCUCAGGUGGAGAAGGCCACAUCUCUUUGGAAGCAGUUUUGCGACGGCCUGGAGCUCAACGCCUCCUGUGACGAAUUCUUCAAGGCCAACAAUUUUUCUCAGAUUGAAGGGAUCCCGGGCCUGGCCAGCGGGAUCAUUUCAGAGAACGUGUGGAGCUCCUACCUCAGCAAAGGCGACGUGGUGGAGAAAGGCUCCCUCAGCUCCUCUCAUGGUUUACAUCCGGCGUCCACGCACCAGCCUUAUGUGUUUGCUGACAUCACCACCUCCUUCACACUCCUGGUGGGCAUCUUCUUCCCCUCAGUCACAGGAAUCAUGGCUGGUUCGAACCGGUCGGGGGAUCUGAAAGACGCCCAGCGUUCGAUCCCCAUCGGAACCAUCCUCGCCAUCCUCACCACCUCCAUUGUCUACCUGAGCAGCGUUGUUUUGUUUGGAGCCUGCAUCGACGGGGUGGUCCUCAGAGACAAAUUUGGCGACUCAGUGAAAGGAAAUCUAGUGGUGGGGACUCUGGCUUGGCCGACUCCCUGGGUCAUUGUGAUCGGCUCUUUCUUCUCAACGUGUGGCGCAGGCCUCCAGUCGCUGACCGGCGCUCCCCGACUCCUGCAGGCCAUCGCCAAGGACAACAUCAUCCCCUUCCUCCGGGUGUUUGGUCAUGGGAAGGCUAACGGGGAGCCCACCUGGGCCCUGCUGCUGACGGCCCUGAUUGCUGAGCUGGGGAUUCUCAUUGCCUCUCUGGACCUGGUGGCUCCCAUCCUCACAAUGUUUUUCCUGAUGUGUUACCUGUUUGUAAACCUGGCCUGUGCCCUUCAGACUCUCCUGCGGACGCCCAACUGGAGGCCGCGCUUUUCCUACUACCACUGGACCUUGUCAUUUCUGGGGAUGACUAUCUGCCUGGCGCUCAUGUUCAUAUCCUCUUGGUACUACGCAAUCGUUGCCAUGGUGAUCGCAGGCAUGAUCUACAAAUACAUAGAGUAUCAUGGAGCAGAGAAGGAGUGGGGGGAUGGGAUCCGCGGUCUGUCCCUCAGUGCUGCCCGUUAUGCCCUCCUGAGGUUGGAAGAGGGACCACCACACACCAAAAACUGGAGGCCCCAGCUGUUGGUGUUACUAAAACUGGACGAGGACGCCCACGUCAAGUCUCCUCGCCUGCUGACGUUCGCCAGCCAGCUGAAGGCGGGAAAGGGCCUGACCAUCGUUGGCACCGUCGUCUCUGGCAACUUCCUGCAGAGCUACGGGGAGGCCCUCGCUGCCGAACAGACCCUAAAGCACCUGAUGGAUAAGGAGCGUGUGAAGGGCUUCUGUCAGUGCAUCGUGGCCCAGAAGCCUCGUGAAGGCAUCAGCCACAUGAUCCAGUCCAGCGGCCUGGGAGGAAUGAAACCCAACACGGUGGUGAUGGGCUGGCCUCACGCCUGGAGGCAGAGCGAGGACCCGCAGGCCUGGAAAACCUUCAUCAACACAGUGCGGGUGACCACAGCAGCCCACCUGGCCCUGCUGGUGCCCAAAAACAUCUCUCUGUUCCCCAGCAACAGUGAGCCCUGCACAGAGGGCUACAUCGACGUGUGGUGGAUCGUCCACGACGGAGGGAUGCUGAUGCUGCUGCCCUUCCUCCUGCGCCAGCAUAAGGUGUGGCGUAAAUGUGGCAUGCGAAUCUUCACAGUGGCCCAGAUGGAGGAUAACUCGAUCCAGAUGAAGAAGGAUCUGGCAACCUUCCUCUAUCACCUACGCAUUGAGGCUGAGGUGGAGGUAGUUGAGAUGCAUGACAGUGAUAUCAGUGCGUACACCUAUGAAAGGACCCUGAUGAUGGAGCAGAGAUCUCAGAUGCUCAGACAGAUGCGACUGUCUAAAUCAGACCGGGAAAAAGAGGCCCAGCUGGUGAAGGAUCGUAACUCCAUGCUGCGUCUGACGAGCAUCGGCUCAGAUGACGACGACGACACCGACGGCGGGGAGCGAGACAGGGCGGCAAGCGGUGGUGGUGGCGGCGGCGGUGGCAGCUCCGAGCACCACCGUCGUGUUCAGAUGACCUGGACCAAAGAGAAGACCUCGCAGUACAGAGCCACGCACUCAGGCUGCUCCACACCCGAGGGCUUCAGAGACAUGCUCAGCAUCAGGCCGGACCACUCGAACGUCAGGCGGAUGCACACCGCCGUCAAACUCAACGAGGUCAUCGUCAAUAAAUCCCACGAAGCCCGACUUGUCCUGCUCAACAUGCCAGGACCUCCCAAGAACCCAGAUGGAGACGAGAACUAUAUGGAGUUCCUUGAAGUUUUAACAGAAGGACUGGAGCGUGUCCUGUUGGUCAGGGGUGGAGGAAGUGAAGUCAUCACCAUCUACUCCUGAUUGGACAAACAGAGGAAGCCAGUGUUUAAAGAAAAGCAGCCAAUCGCACAGACGAUGAGCGAAGGGAGACGGAGGGGCCCGUGAGCUCUGGGGAUGUGGAGGCCCAAAAAGAGAGACUGUCAUUGGCUGCAGCGUCCGUCAUCACCCCCAACAUCCCACACAGCCCUUUUCCUUUCAUUUUUUACACUUUUCUGUCAUGACGAGGGUUUCCAUUCCACUUAUGUCGAGCUACAGAAAUGCCAACACAAUUCCAUGAAUGAGCAAAAAAAAAAAAAAAAAAAAGUGUGUGUGUGUGUGUAUGUGUGUGAGAAACUCAUCCAUCUGAAGGAGGUCUGGUUUAUCGGAGAAGGGACCAGCGUCGGGUUGUAGGAGCGAGUGUGUCAGGGCGGCGGACCACUGAAUGAGAUCUAAGUCGUAGAGUGUGAGAGUGUGAAGCGCCCCAGAACGGAGCAGUCGUUGCACCGACGAGACUCAGGGUUGCUUUUUGUACAGAAUGUAUUUUGGAAGCAGAUGUGAGCGUUGUGAGCGUAGACUGAAUGUCCGAAUCGAGUGUUUUUGUUGUUUUUCUUCUCUCUUUGAACACCUGGAAAAGUUCAAUCCGGUACUUCGUAAAAACUGGAAAAGUAACACUGAGGAGUCUUUUAGCCCUGCUUAGUGCUACAUAUAAGGAACAUAAGUGUGCUUUUGUGUCGUCUCCUUACUUGAAAGUGUAACGUUUAAGGAGAUGAAAGGAAGAAAUGGUUAUCAGUUGUAUAUCAGAACUGGCUGCUUUUUAUAUCCACCAUAUCCACUAGUAUUUGCACAAACCUCAGAAUUUGUUUUAUCUAUGGUGAAGUCAAAGUUAAGUGACACUCAA